AUGACCGUUGCACUUUGGAUACUUGCUUAUGGAGUAACAGCUAAUUUUAUGGAUGAAUAUGUGAGAAUAGCAAAAAGCAUUGCAAUGAUGAGUUUGAAAAAAUUUGUUGCAACGGUGGUUGCUAUUUUCUCAGAGGAAUACUUGAGGUCACCAAAUAAUGAAGAUAUUGCUAAAUUGUUAGCCCAUGGCCAAAACCGUGGAUUUCCAAGCAUGUCAGGAAGUAUUGAUUGCAUGCAUUGGAAAUGGAAAAAUUGUCCAGCUGCAUGGAAAGGGAUGUAUUGUGGUCAUAUUCGUGAGCCAACUAUUAUUUUGGAAGCAGUGGCUUCAUAUGAUCUUUGGAUAUGUCACUCAUUUUUUGGGUUACCUAGGUCAAAUAAUGAUAUUAAUGUGUUGGAGCGGUCUCACAUAUUUUUUGAGCUUGCACAAGGACGUACUCCUACAGUUAAUUACUCAAUCAAUGGUCAUGAUUACACAAUGGGAUACUAUCUUGCCAAUGGCAUAUAUCCAAAGUGGUUAACAUUUGUGAAGACAAUCCUAGCUCCACUAGGACAAAAAAGAAAAUUAUUUGCAAAAGCUCAGGAGGCAUAUAUGAAGGAUGUAGAGCGUGCAUUUGGAGUGCUUUAA